AUGGUUUAUCAUCCAAAACAACUUGAUCCAUCGGUAGAUGUUGGAUCACCAAAGCCAACACGGCUUCGACAACCCACUGCAGUAAAAAGAUCCGUUCAUGCAACCCCACCAUCAUCAUCAUCAACACCCACCACCACCAAACGCACAUCUUCCCGGAUGACCGUUACCAAUAACAACACCAUGCCAAAUCGUCGUCCCAUGGAGAAAAAGAAUACUCGACAACAACAACCAGCAUUGAACAAGUCCAUUCCAACAAUGCCAAAAGCCAAUGCGCCCAAUCGUCAACGCCAGCCCCAUUCUCCCCAUGCACGAUCGCCACCCGCCCCGUCUAAAAGAAGUGGUGGCCACAAACCUCCUAACCAUACGACUCGAUUACCAGCAUCUCGGUCCCCUGCUACACAGAAAUCCUUAUCACCAGUGGCGAAGAUGCGAGAGCAAUAUGACAAGCUGAAACUACAGAACAACCAAAACAUGGAUGUCAUUGCUCAGCAACAAGAUGAAUUGCGUAAACUCAAAGAUCAGUUGGCACAGCAACAACAACCCGCAACACCUCCUCCCGAAGUGAAACAACCUAGCAACAACAAUCAUGCAUCAUUGAAAGAUGAAGAAGACAAUGAGACAACAACAACUGAACACCAGCUGCAUGAACUCGAGCGGCAAACCAUGAAACGAGAUGAAGAAUUGGAGCAGUUGCGAAUGGAGUUGAAACAACAACGUGAUGCAUUAGUGAAGGAUGAUCAUCGUUUAGCAUUGGAGGAAAGGGAAAAUGAUUUGCAACAACGUGAAGAGAUGCUUAAACAAUACCAGGAUCAAUUGAACCAACUCAAAGUGGAGAACAAACAAGCUUUGCAGCGCUUGACUGAAAAGGAAAAGGAGCUCAAAACACACCAGGAUAAGCUUGCUCCCGAGAUUAUAGCCUUGAAUGAACAACUCGAGCAACAAAAACAAAAGCAUCAAGAAAGUUUACGCCAACAUGAAAUCAUCCUUGAUGAAAAGAAUCAACUCCUGCAAGAGCACCAGGCCAUCUUGAAAGAGAUGCAAGACGCUCAUCAGAAUGAGAUUUCCAAGCUCCAAGCCGAUCAGAUCAAGAACAUCCUUUUAUUGAAACAACGCCAUGCCAAAGAAGUAGCUGAUAUCAAAGCACGUUUGGAAGAAGCAGAGUCGAAGCUCCUCAACAACAGCAAGGAUGGCAACAACAACGACCAAAUGAUGGAAGAACAAUUGGAACGCGUGUUGAAGGAAUUCGAACAAGCAGAGCAUUCACAUCCAGUACAACAGCAAGAUGAUAAUAACAAAAUGCAACAUGCAGCAGCGGGUAAAUCGCCACAACAUCAUCACCCAAAACAACAACCAUGGACAUCACGUUUCUUACCAACCGAAGCUGUUUCAUGGCCACCACCGCAACCAUUAUCCAUUCUUCGAAAGACCAACAAUGCAUACUCACAGCAAAUCCAGUCUUCAGCACAUGACGAUGAUGAUGAAGCAUUACCUGAUUUGAUACCUUCCAACAAUACAAAGAUCCAAUUAUACAUUUCCUCCGUCUCUGGUAGCCCCUUGGUAAAACGCCAUCAAGAUACCAUACAACAACUGCUCAAGAACAAUAAUAUUCCUUUUCAAGUGGUGGACGUGGCAACAAGCAAAAUGGCCGUGGAGCAUAUGAAACGUUACGGCAAUAACAGGUCGAGUGAGGGACAUGUACCACAAGUGUUCGUGGGUGGUGAAUAUCGAGGCGAGUACGAAGAUAUCCUUCAACAUGCAGAGAAUGGGACAUUGGAAGCACUCUUGAAACCUGAAAACGACAAGGCACAAGAUACUAUGGAAGGCACACAAACAAGCACAACGUCCAGCUCUAGUUCUUCCUGGCAAUGCCCUGUGCACGAUGAUGAUGAUGACGAGUAUUUGUUAAAAGAGCUUGAAAAAGAAUUAUGCAAUGGCAAACAAAUUGAUAUUGAUAGCCUGUAG